AUGAUCAGAAGUGUAAUAGUAUCUUCUAAAUACAGGCUCAAGAUUUCUGAAAUAAUGGCAAUCAUAAUGUUCAUGGCAAAUGAUUUUGUUGGCCCACAAAAUGCAUGUAUUGGUCUGGCACAAUCACUUAGUCAACGCGGUCAUCGAGUGUAUUUUUGUUUGCGGCGGGAAUUUUUUGCCCGAUUUAUUUCCAAUGGUUUUGAUGAACAAAAUCUGCUGGAAUUGACUGGUUCAACUGCCAAGAAAAAGGAAAGUCUCCGAUUUCUAGUUGAAAAAAUUCGUGAAUUUGGUUUUGCAACUGGCAUUUCUCCUUUAGAAAAGGUACGACAGAUCAAACGGGUCAAUUUGGUUAAAUCAACAUUCGAAGAUCCACUUGGACAAUUUGAUGGACAACUCAGAGAUUACCUACAACGAAUCAAUCCGGAUUUGAUCGUCUAUGAUGGUGAGGUGAUUCCGCCAGCCAUUCUUUAUUGGCCAAACUGCCCCUGGAUCUAUCUCUUCUGUAGUAAUCCAAUCGGUUUAUUCGACUCGGAUCUAUUGCCACCAUUUUUGUCCGAUUUCAAUACAAUUGAUAUCGAUAAUGAACCACCGUCAUGUUGGCAAGAAUUUCGUUCAGUACUAGAUGAAUGUUAUUACAAUCUAGUACGCCAAACUCAAUCCAGAUUAUGUCGACAAUUGUCAUAUCCGGAUCCCAAUGAUUUUGAAUGGAUGAAAAAAAAUCGAUUUUUUAUUCGUUCACCACAUCUGAAUCUCUAUCAAUAUCCACAGGAAUUAGAUUAUAAUGAUCGUAUCUAUAUUCCAAAUGAUCUUUAUUGUCGAGUGGAUUCAUUCUCUCGUCAUGAAUAUCUCGAUACGAAUCGAAAACAAGAAUUGCUUGAGCAGAUAAAACAUCGUAAUGGAUCAGGAAAAUUAAUCUAUCUUUCAUUGGGUACAAUGGGCGCCUGUAAUCUAGAACUAAUGGCUCGUUUGAUCCGAAUUCUAUCCAUGACAGAACAUACGUACAUCUUGUCGACAGGACCAGCUAAUGGUGAAUUGGAACUUGGCGCCAACAUGUGGGCACAAUCGUAUCUACCACAGAUCUGGAUAUUUGCUAAUCUCAAUGUUGAUUUAGCCAUCAUACACGGUGGUAAUAAUUCGCUUUGCGAAGCUUUCUCCUACGGUAUACCUUGUCUGGUCAUGCCAUUAUUCUAUGAUCAAUUUCUCAAUGCCAGACGAGUACAGGAAAAACAGUUGGGUGCCCGAAUCGAUACAUUUAAUUUUGAAGAUGUUGAACUUGUAAACUGCAUAAAUACAUUGCUCGAUGAUGAUCAAUUAAAGCAACGAGUUCAAAGUAUUGGCCAAAGGAUCCGAAAAGAGGAUAGCAAAUUAGCUUGCUGCAAACGUCUAGAAGAACUAAUUAUCCGAUUUAAAAAAGAAAAAUCAUUUGCUAUAUAACUUGCUGAUCGAAUCGAUCGAUUGAUUGAUUUGAAAAUUGUUUUCAAAUAAAUGUACAUUUGCAUUCACA